UUUAGAAGAAAUGUAUUUUACAGAAAAAUGGCAAUUUUACGCUUGCAUAAUUUCAAUGAUUCUCAAGAUCCUCACCAUCACUGUUUAUACUUACGUAAGGAACCUCCGAAAUACACUGGGCAAGUGCAUUAUAAGCUGCUUAUUUAGCAUGGUCAUGUAUGAACUGAUUUUCACACUGGACUAUUUGAGUUUCUUGGAGCUAAACAGGUUCACAUGUACUCGCACUUUACAUGGCUUUCUGCCAUUAGCUAUCACUGUUGGCAAACCUUCAGGCCUCUCAAGCGCGAUGAACAUCGAUAUCAAUUUCUGUUCUAUAGUGCUUUUGCCUGGAUCACGGCUGCUGGCUGUUCAGGAUUGUAUUUUAUGUAUAUUUAUAAUUUGGCGUUUGGAUCCGUGAUCCACAUCUUUGUCUUAGUGAUGAAUAUCCAAAAUAUAAUCAACUUUAUCAUGUUUAUCCUGACUGCUAUUAACAUCUGGAAGGUAAAGAGAGAACUGAAGAGGUUUGAGCGACAGAGAGAGAUGACAUCGACGUGCUUUAAUUUCGAUACUCAAACGUAAGGAUCUUUAAUUGUACUGAAGGACGUAAUGUUUAAUUGCAUUCAUUUAUUUAUUUAUUUGCAAACAUAGUUAUGCAAUCUUUUUGAGAAUUACCGUCAUCAUGGGCGCAACUUGGAUUUUUUAUACCAUUUAUUUUUUUUUGGAUAUGGCUAAAUACGACGUCGAUGGUUUACUUACGAUGUUUAUUAUGCCCACUUCUGCUUUGGUAUUCUAUACUUUAUUCUGCUAGUCCUAAAGCGCAGCACCCUAGAGCUUCUGAUGGAUAAGUAAGUUCUCAGAUAUAGAACCAGACAUUCCAAUAAUACGUUCCCAUUCCGUGCACCAUUCGCGAAAGAAGAAAGGAAAAGCGAAUCCGUGCUCAGAGAGAAAAUGACCUGGCCCAAAUAUCUAAAUGUACCCAGAGAAAGAACGAAAAAGGCAAGAAAAGCACUGGGACAGUCACGGUUGUUUAGAUCGACUUGGCAGGUGCUUCCGGUCCAGAAUACUCAACGCCUUCUUUGUUUACCUGUUACAAACAAAUCCUUUUCUAUUAAUAACGUUUAUUGUCAUAUUAAAAUAAUAAACAAUAUAACAUUAUUAGCUAGUGCCAGUUUAGUUGAAGUUUAUCCAAAUUAUAUAAUACCAAUUAUGUAUACACUUAAAGAUCAUUAAACACACACCUACAGAGAGUAGUAAACCUAUCAAAUGAUUUUCCAAGCUCAAAAAUAUUUAAAUUAAAAACUUGUUAGAAGGGGAGGAACUUCAUUCAAACAAUUACAUGGAAUUAUCUAUUGGCCAUCACGU